AUGUUUGCUGUGAAGCUGAGGGGGCAGUGGCAGCAGCUCCACCUGGCUCCGCCCCCUCACCCGGUCACCCUGUCAGGCAGGGAGCGCCCUCACUAUAAAACACUCUGCUUCCUCCUUCUGCCCUCACUCACUGCUCUCACUGCUCAGACUCACCUGUACAGGAUCAUGAGUUCUUCUUGGGAUGCGUACGUGCAGAAGUUGUUGACAGAAAAGAGUAUCACUGACGCCGCCAUCGUGGGGUUCGCUCCUGGUACAGAAAGUGUUUGGGCCUCCACGCCGAGCCUUGCCUGCAUCACGCCAGAUGAAAUCAAGAAGCUGUGCGGUGACUCGAGUGCGAUGCUUGAAUGUGGCCCGAAGGUCGCAGGGAAGAAGUGCAUGAUGCUCCGAGACGACAGAAAGGACCCUAGACUGUACUGCAUGCAGCUCAAGAUGUCCCAAAAGGAUGGAGGGUACUCCAUCUGCGUCGGCGUGACCAAUACAGUCCUAGUUAAUGCUGCUUCUUGCCCAGCUGGGCAACCCCGCUCCCACCAGCUUCUCCAGGACCAACACUUAAAUGAACAUCUCUGGCGAAAGAUCACAGCACUGGUGAUAGCUGUGGGUGGAGAAGGUGUGGGUGGAGGUCAGAUGACUGACCACGUCUUUACUCAGGUUGACUUCCUGCGGACCAAAGGAUUUUAACUCUCCUGUCUGACGAUUCCGCAUUCCGAUGACCCGCCCGCUCCGAGCUCCUUUAGUCUGUUUUUAUUGUUGCUGUAACUGUGAACACGUGUUACUGAGUAUUCACAGGUCCUGCUAAAUACUGUAAACAAACAUAUGACUAAUAAAAACUCCAACCUGUUUAGAGUGUCAGUGUCUCUGUAAGUUAAUAACAAUAAAAUGGAUAUAUGAUGCUUUAUUAUUCACAACAUGUAUUCUUGUCACACUGUCUCUGAUCGUCAUAUCUAAUAAAUAAAAGCUUUUAUUAGUAGAAUAACAGCUGAUCCUCAAAAAACAUCAUAAAGCAUGAAACAAAUAUGUCAUCCGUGCACCUGAGCUCGCUCCAGUCUACAGAGCCUCCACCCGUCUGCAGAGCCUCCACCC